CUCAAGCUGUUCCUGACUUAGGGUUCACAUGGUUCUCCAGGCCUUCCAAAACUCCAGGAGCCAUCCCAAAUCGUGUUAGCAGAUCAGCCUGAGUCAGUUCCUGCCACUUACAAAGAACUCUGACUGACAGAGGCUGAGUGUGUGUGUGGUGGCAGUGAGGGGGCUAUAUGUGACUCAGACCCUGAGCAGGGACCAGGGGCAUACCCAUUUUGCUUGUUGACACUAAGGGGUCUUUGAAUUAAAGCCAGGUGGGCAUUUUUAACAGUAGCUGAGCACUUCUUCACCAGGCGAGGAUGCACUGGCCACUAGUUUUUCUCCCAGGCCAACAGGAAACAUAGCCUGUGGCUGCUCAGGUCUAGCAAUUUCUGGCUCUGAGAGGCACUCCACAGAGGACCACAGCAGCAACAAGAGCACUCUGAAAAUGCCAGGCAUUGCCUGAGGAUCACAUGACUUCCUGGAACACGGCUGGAUGUAAAGCAAACCUCCACACAGAUCAUCAAAUGCCUGUGAGAAAUUCUAAUACACACACAGGUUUAGAAAAACUCCAGACUGAAAUCUCAACUUUAAAUGGUGAAAACUUGUUACAAACCAUGCUUACACAAUUUCUGAAAGUUCCUGCUUGUGCUUCCUUAAUAAGAGUUCCUCUUUACUUCUUCCUUUCUGAAAAGAAAGGAGGAAAAGGAAGGCCAACCUCUUGAGUACAUGCAGAGUGAUAGGCCCUGUGGGCACAAGCAAGAUGGGCCUCCGGCUGGAAGUCAGUCUGAUCCUGUUUCAUGUCGGUGCGGUGGGUGCCUGUACUGUCUCCGUGGUGCAGCCAGGUUACCUAGAGGUAGACUACACUUCUGAGACUGUCACCAUGGAGUGUACCUUUUCCACAACUGGAUGUUCUUCAAAGCAACCAAGAAGCCUGUGGUUUCGCUGUGGCACUCAUCAGCCUGAGGCUCUGUGCUUGGAUGGAUGUAGAAAUAAGGCAGACAAGUUCACAGUGCAAGAAACCCUGGACCAGAACCGAGUCUCCCUCACUGUCAACAGGGUGUCUCCAAAUGACAGUGCAAUUUACAUCUGUGGAAUAGCAUUUCCCCAUGAACCAGCACCAAGAGCUAAACAGACUGGAAACGGGACUACAUUGGUGGUAAGAGAAAGACUUCUCAGCAAGGAGGUACACAGUCUCCUGAUCGUGCUCUUAGUACUGUUCUCUGUCUACAUCACUGGAGUGUGUGUGAUCUUCAUAGUCCUCUUCAAAUCAAAAUCUAACAGUCCAAGACACAGAGAAACCAAAGACGACUCACAAAAGAAGAGUGCUAGGCGCAUCUUUCAGGAAAUCGCUCAAGAAUUAUACCAUAAGAGAUACGUGGAAACAAGCCAACAACCUGAGAGAGACAGCACUUUCGAAAAUAGAAGAGCACUUCCCAACUUUGGAAGACCAUAGAUGUGCUUUCUUUUUAAUUAUAUCACUAAAAGUGCAACUCCAGCAUCUACAAAGUGUGACAGACACUAACCAACCAAAAACACCAAAGAGCCAGGGAUGUAGCUAAGCUGGCAGAAUGCUUGCCGAGCAGGCACAAAGCCCUGGGUUGGAUCCCCAUCACCACAUAAACUCAGCAAAGUGACACAAGGCUGUAAUCCCAACAUUCUGGAGGUGAAGUAAAGAUGAUCAGAGGUUCAAGGUCAUACUUGAGUACAGGAUGAAUUUGAGGCCAGAGACAAAUGUCAUCUGUCUCAAAAACAACUGUCACCACCAAAGGAAAAAAGACAACAAAUGGAAAAGGCAGCCAGUCACACCAGAAGGUAGAACAUAAGAAACUGUCACUACAGUAACUACAAAAUAUGAAAACCUCAAGAAAAUUCAACUGGAGGAUCUCUUUUUCUAAUUUUCCAGGAACAGUCUAAUGAGCCCAAUUUAAAAAAAUCAUCAUAACAGUCUUUUAAAAUUAUUAUCACGAAUAUCCUGUCAGUUCACCCAACAUACUAGUUAAGUCAGGGCCAUUAACCCAGAGAAGGCUUAAAGUUAAACCACAAAUCUCAAUUCCAAGUUGUGGAAAUGUUGAAACAAUUACAAUCAUGUGAGGGGGGAAAAAGGAGAGAAGAGGCGGCCAAUUUUUGAGUAAAAGAAACUCAUUGGAAAAAGUAUCUUGGAACAAAAAUCAUUUCUUCUGAUAUUGUAAUGGAGCAAUGGACAGUGCACAUUCUCCUGCUGAAGUAUACAGAACAACCAAGAAAAGCAAGACCAAAAGAGCGACCAGAGGAAGAAACCCAAAGCAGAUCAGAAAAUGCCUCAGAACAAAUGCAUACAACUGACUCUAGAUGUCAGUGUGGUGCCAAAGACUUCAGACCCAGGGAAUGCCAGGGCCACACACCUGUAGUGAACCUAGGAGGAAGGCCUGGUACAGCAAGGUCCUCACUAUUUCUCUAAGAGGUGUGCCAUGGAUUGUUCUUUGAAUAUAAAGUACCGACAAGUUCACACUGCUCAUUAAAUAUUAAACAGUGUAUUCUAUUAGUACAGUUUCUUUUUAAAUAAAAUUAUAAUUUUAACAAAUUAA